AUGAUGCAUGCAUGUUGCAUUAUAUUAGUCAUUCAGCUGCUCUCCCUCUCUGGGGCUAUGGAGAGCAGCAUCGUGGGUGGUAAGAAAGCAAAGCCUCAUUCUAGACCCUACAUGGCAUCAUUGCAGGCCGAUAAAGACCAUACAUGUGGUGGGAUACUUAUUCGGGAGGACUUCGUCCUAACUGUAGCACACUGCAAAAAACCUGAGCAAAUGACGGUGGUACUUGGAGCACACGAUAUAACCAAGAAAGAGAAAAGUCAGCAAAGGAUUGAAGUGAAGUACCAUCCACAUCCGAAAUACAAAAAAGGGAAAUAUGAUAAUGACAUCAUGCUACUUAAGUUAAAAAAGAAUGCCACACUUAAUAAGUACGUGAAGACCAUUGGACUACCUAAGAAAGACGAGAAAAUUCCUGACAACACCAAGUGUGAUGUUGCAGGCUGGGGCGAAACUGGAAAGAAGAGAUUUAAGUCUCCUGUACUGCGCGUGGCCACGGAGAAGAUGCAAUCCAGCAAUGAGUGCCAAAAAAUAUGGGGCCAACCCUUCAAUAUUAAACAAAUGAUAUGCACCGCAUUUACCAAAAAGAAGGGAGGGGUUUGUCAGGGUGAUUCUGGUGGACCACUUAUCUGCAACACCAAGCUUCAGGGGAUAAUAGCUUUUACUGGCAAUGAUUGUAAUGAUCCCAAGUAUCCCCAUGUCUUCACUAAAAUCCAGGCCUUUCUACCGUGGAUUAAGAAAGUGAUGCAGGGAUUGGGGGAUGCUGAAUGA